AUGUCUGAUUACGAUAGAGACUUAGAACAUAUUAAGAUUGAAGAAACCUGCAUUACAAAUGAGAUGGUAGACCAAGUGGAUAAGGAAGACUACAGGUACUACUAUGUUGAUAAGAAUCUGAGCAGACCUCAUAUGUUAGAAUAUUACACUCCUCCUGAAGAGUUGCUUAUGAUUACCAUUGGGAAGAAAGCUCCUGAAAGAAUGAUUUAUCCACUAGAUGGCCCUUUUACUAAACUUGAAGAAGACUCUUAUGAAGAACUUCUUGACUAUUUUUAUGACAAAGGAGAAGAACUUCCUGAGGGAGUCACAAAGAGGAGAGCUCUAAGGUUUCUCAAUGGAAACUCAUUCGACAUUAAGAAGACUUAUGAAAACAUCAUUAAGCAUAUUGAAUGGAGGGGAGAGAUGAAGCCAUUCAUCCUCUCUGAAGGUGAUAUGAAUCUAUUAGACAAGGGCUUCAUCUAUAUCCAUGGUAGGGACAAAAAUUUUAGACCAAUAUUAGUGAUUAAUGCCAAAAUUAUUGCAGGUAAGGGCGUCGACCCAGAUGACGUCUUCAAUACGGCCUGGUUCGUUUGCCAUUAUAUGAUCGAGAAUAUUCUCAAAAGAGGAUCCUGAGAAAACUGGGUCGAUAUCAUGGAUCUUGGAGGACUAUCUUUUACAAAAAUCCCCGUCAAAGCACUGAAGAAAUUUAUAACCGAGUCUCAAGUCCAUAUGAAAAGUAGAAUUGCUAAAAUGUUCCUACUACAUGUAACUUGGGGAAUCAGAACUAUUUAUUCCAUAGUUUCUCCUUUCUUAGAGAAGAGAACUAAAGAAAAAAUUAUUAUGAAUAAAGGAGGUUACAACGAAGAAAUCUUAGAGCUUGCCCACCCCUCUCAAUUAGAAGAAAAGUAUGGGGGAGAGGCUGAAAAUCUGACAGAAUUUUGGCCUCCUUUUGCUAUCUCAGAUGAAUACGGAUGUGAUCCAGACUGUAUUAAUCAACCAAUUGAGCCAGUUCAGUUAGAAAGAAGAAAAGUCAAGAAGGUGAGACAAAAAGAAGUUGGGAUGAGUUUAGCUCCUUCACACCCAGUAAAGUUUGUUACAGAACCAGUGGAUGUAGUUGAAGGCCCUAAAAGGAAGCAAGCUCCUAAAGCUGACAAAAACAGUGGUUGCAAAUGAGCCAUAUUUUAAGUUACCAAAUUUUGAGGAACGCUUUCA